UAUUUGAGUCAUUUGGUACGGUUUGUAAGGAUUACCGUAGAAGAUACCAGGGUAUAAGGUACAGUGAUACUAUUAACAGGAGGUCAUUAACCCUAACAAAGAUGGGACUCAAUUGCGCUGGAAAAUUUGGGAAGAUCUUCCUCAUCGUCCUGAAUAUAGUGUUCAUGCUGCUGGGACUGGCCCUGUUAAUACCUGGGAUACUAGUCCACGUGAAUGCUGACUACGUCAAUGAGCAAAUAUUACCUUUGAUGAGUACGUUUACGUUUGGAGGGAUCUCGUUGGCUGGGGCUGCUCAGGGACUUUCCAUAGCUUUAAUUGUAGUUGGGGCAAUCAUAUUUCUGAUUGCCAUUAUUGGUAUUCUGGGAGCCUGCUGUGGUUGGAGGAUGGCACUUAUAAUAUACGCUACAGUGGUGUUAGUCCUGUGGAUCGCACAGCUUGUGAUCGUUUGUCUCUACAUCACCAUGAAGGACAAGAUUAACACAGAGGUUCAGGAGCAGAUGUUGGAUCAGUUACACCAGAAUUACGUCGCAGACGAACUGUCCACUCUCAACACGACCACCUCCUCCAAAAUAUCUACUGCCUGGAAUUACCUUUUCAUUCAGCUGAAAUGUUGUGGAGUUCACCCUGUGUCCUUGCUAAGCAAUGAUUUUGAUGAGACGGAAUGGAGGAAAUCGAAUCCCACGAUGACGGCACGGAUCCCGAAGUCAUGCUGUGGUGCCACAGAAUCAAACUACCUCGUGUUUAGUAAUCCGCAGUGUACAGACUCUCUUGUCACAGGAUAUUACGAAAGUGGCUGUUUCGACACAAUCUACAAUCUUAUUGACCGUUAUAAUGUCGCUUUCAUCGCCAUAGGAGUAAUCACUCUAAUCGUACAGGGGGUCGCUAUUGCCUCUGCUUGUAUGAUAUACAGACAGAUGACAAGCCAUAGUCAGUUUGCGUAGAGAAGGAUGUUUACCGGUGCUGAUAUGGACAAAUCGCUAUUUACUUCUCAUUAAUAAGGAGCUAUAGGAUGGAGGUUUGGGGAUGAUGAUUAAUUCAUUUAAACAACGGACACUUUUCUUUCAUGUCGUUGACAUGAAAUCUACGUCAUAGGCGUUUCCUUAGAAAUACACGGAAUAACUUUUUAUGUGUCUUAAGGUGCAUGUCAAUUUUAUAAACAAGUUUUGUAUAUCUAAUUGACACGGAUAUGGCAGUAUAACUGUUAUUUAUCGUCAUGUUACUUAGUGUUCAAUUGGAAUGGUUAUAUAGGACUCAGAUGACAUGUGUUGAAUUGUACAAGGAUUAUUGAUGUAAUGCCAUUCUCUUAAUAGUGAUUACGAUUUGAAAAGUUAACUACUUCAGUAGGAGCGAAUAUUCAACUAGUAGAGCUUGUUCAGCAAUUCUUGUUUUUGCAAUCUUGAGAGAUUAUUGAUCUAAUCAAAUGACGUCAUUUUAGCGCACUCAAAAUUUAGUGGAUAACCGCAUUUACUUAUUUCAGUUUCAUUUUCAACAUACCCGAUGGUGCGAUUACAGAAUUAAUAAUAAAUUAAUGAAAUAUAGCAUAUGCAUAAAUCAAAUUCGUCGUAGGAGCUGAUAGACCUUUUAAAACGCAUGCACAUGUAAAAUAGAAUUGAUGUCCUAAAUACAUAUUAUCGAGACAGUCGUGUAAGUCAUGUAAAGAAACUUAUUCUCAAAAAGAAAUCUGCGAUCUUUCAAGAGAGAGGUUUGAAAACCGUCAAGAAGAUUACCAAGGUAGCUAAAAUCAAUUUGGAUAUGCGCAAGGAUAAAUUAGCAAACCCUAAUUGCUUGAAUUAAUGUAAAGAAAAUUAGCGGAAUACUUUCGACAAGAAAAGUGCUAACAUAGUAUUACAGCUAAAAAAGAUACAUUGACAGUAUGACGACAUGGUUGCGUGUAUCCAGUAGAAUAUAUAUGCAACUGCAUUAACCAGGACCCAGUUGUUGAAAACAGUGAUUAGGCUAAUCACACUUUUAAAAUUCUGGUAAAACCCUUUCUGGUAAUUUGACAAAAUUUUAUGAAAUUAUACCACCCACAUGUCUCUUCCUAUUUGCCUAUUUUAAGGAAUAAACACACUCAGGUUUUGCAGUGAAGGAUAUAGAAUAUUUUCACUAAUCAAGUAAUUAAGCAAAUAAACAUUUUAACAGAUGGGUCCUGGAUAUCGCUUUUAAUGAGUUGAUAAUCUGUCAUGGAAUGAUAAUAGAUAACCGGCUCGAGUGGAGUCAAUACGCCAGGACAUUUGUCUGACUAAAUAUAAUUCAAAGUAUUAUUACGCAAUGAAUGAAGAAAAUAGACGACUUAAUAAAUGCGCAAUAACCAGCAUAAAUUUACAAAUAAAUGUAUACCUCGAGAAAGUUUGAAAAUAAAGGUUCUUCAAUAUCUAAAAAAGGUUAUUCAGCAAUUAUAGUUUUUCAAUGGAGAGGUAAAUGAUCAAAAGUCAUGCAAUCAUGAAAAGCGUAAUGUUUGAGAGGUACAUUACGUUUUCAAGGGGAAAAUAUUUUCGCUUUUCGUUGAUUUUCUCCUGAAACAGGGUUAUGUGAUAAAGAUAAUCUUUCACUGAUGACACUACUAUUAGGAGCUCAUUAUAUCGCUUUAUUAUUGCGUAUUCCUAUCACCAAAACGCUCGAGACAAAUUAAGUUCGUGUAUUAACUGCAAUGCUACAUUUAACCGAGUAUAAGGUCUCUUAUAUGCUGUCGUAUACAUAAAUGUUAAGGGCUAUGACCUCAAAGCAUAUGUGCAUUAUCAUUGGUUAUUUAUUUGUUGAGGUAUUGUUAGGCCUAGAGUAUUACAGUCUAUCGUUGAAAAAGCUGCAGUAGAAAAUACAAUUUCAUUUCCGUAAUUUAUUUAGAUAAUGUCUAUAAUGAAGCUGUCGCGGUAACCUUAUUGUAUCGGUUUUAGUACCUC